GGCAACAGGUCGUGCAGCGCAACGCCCGCAGGAUCCUCUGCGUUCACAUCCGCAGCAGGUCCUCUGAAUCCUCCGAGUUCUCGGAGAGGCCAAACUCGCACUAGGCGCUUUUUCUGCCUAUUUGUUUUUGAUUUGGCAUCAAAGUGGCAGAGCAGUCGGGGGAACUCCCGGGCAGACGAAUUGCGCGCGCUAAAAAUAACGGUUGCCCGCCAGCUUAAUCAGCUUAAAACUUCAGCAUCCUUGAAGCGCCAAAUCUAAAGGAGUAGCCUUGGGCGCCAAAGUCAAAGGCAGGCGUCGAGGCGGAAAUGGGUGCCGCGCCUCUGCAAUUAGCCGGAUCCGGUGAACAGGCGGGCGAGAUGCCUCUGCUGUCCUAAACGAACCCGCUCAGAAAUACCAGAAUGACGGGCACCAACAUCGACUACGACUACCUGCUGAAGUUCCUGGUCCUGGGCGACUCCGGCGUGGGUAAGACCUGCCUCCUCUACCAGUACACGGAUGGCCGGUUCCACACCCAGUUCAUCUCUACCGUAGGCAUCGACUUCCGCGAGAAGCGACUGUUGUACAACUCCCGCGGACGUCGACACCGUAUCCACCUUCAGAUCUGGGACACCGCUGGGCAGGAGCGCUUCCGCUCGCUGACCACGGCCUUCUACCGCGACGCCAUGGGCUUCCUUCUCAUCUUCGACCUGACCAGCGAGAAGAGCUUCCUGGAGACGGCCAACUGGCUGUCGCAGCUGCGGACGCACGCCUACUCGGAGGACCCGGACGUGGUGCUCUGCGGCAACAAGUCCGACCUGCUGCAGCUGCGCGUAGUGAGUCGGGAUCAGGUGGCGGCCCUCUGCCGGCGCUACAGACUGCCCUACAUAGAGACGAGCGCCUGCACUGGGGCCAACGUCAAGGAGGCCGUCGAGUUGCUGGUGGGCCGUGUCAUGGAGCGUAUCGAGAACGCGGCCUGCAACCGGGAGUUCUCCCUCCUGCUCACCCAGUCCCGCUGCCUGCCGAACAUCGCCUACGGGCAGACGGAGCCGCUGCGCCUCCACGACCGGCGGGAGGAGCCCUCUCCGCGUCGGAACUGCCGCAACUGUUAGGCCCCAAAACCGAUCCCACCCCGCGUUGUUUCUUGACUCUUGUUUCCGGUUCUAAGUGUGUUUCGCUGUAAAUAAAUGUUGAUUGUUAAGUAAAA